GAAAGAGCAUGAGAGAGUAACUUGGAGUAAAACAAUGCUACUUUAAGUCUUGUUUUAGCAUUUUCAGAAGCUAUCAUUUCAGUCCAGAAUCAUAGCAAAGUAGAGAAGAUGGGGAGGGUACCUUGUUGUGAUAAAGAUGGAGUAAAGAAAGGACCUUGGACUCCUGAAGAAGACCAACUCUUGGUUCAGUACAUUCAAAAACAUGGUCUUGGUUGCUGGCGUAGCCUCCCUAAGAACGCAGGCCUCCUUCGAUGUGGGAAGAGCUGUCGGCUUCGGUGGACUAACUAUCUUCGCCCUGACAUUAAACGUGGUCCCUUCUCUCCUGCAGAAGAGGCUACUGUUGUUCAUCUUCAUGGCAUGCUCGGUAACAAGUGGGCAUACAUGGCAUCUCAAUUACCAGGAAGAACAGACAAUGAGAUAAAAAACUUCUGGAACACUCACCUGAAGAAGCGCCUAACUUCUAUUGGUCCAAAGUUGCAGAUCAACCAGUCAUCCUCCUCUUCUGAACCUAUCAAUAUCAAGAGUAAAUCUCCUUCAGCACGCCACAUGGUACAAUGGGAGAGUGCUAGAGUUGAGGCUGAGGCCCGUUUGUCAAAGCAGUCAUUGCUUAUUAAACCAACAUCAACAGCUAAGAGCCAUCCUGAUAUCUUUCUCCAAUUAUGGAAAUCUGAAGUUGGAGAAACAUUUCGCAUUAUUGAGGAAAAAGAUGGAAAAACAUGUGAAAGUCUUGUAUCUGACACACCUCCAUCGAUUAAAAAUGAAUCUGUUUUCCUCGAUGACACGGUUUCACCAAAGCCUUUCAAAACAACUACCUUCAUCGACACCACGCAGGAACAAGAAGAUACUUGCAAGCCAAAUGAAGAUGUGAUGACUGUUUCAGAUUCCAUUGGUUCCAAUGAAUUUGCUGAUUCUACAGAUACAGCAUUGAAACUACUGUUAGAUUUCCCAGGAGGCAAUGAUAUGGAAUUCAUAGGGGAAGAAUCAGAGUUUUUUCAACUUCCUUGAUUUUAGCUGCCACUGAAACUGCUUCUCGCCUUUUGCAUACUGUGGUAUCACUCAAAGGAGAUGAUGGUGAUUUUUGGGCACCUCUUCUCUAGCCUCUUGAUUUCUGGUAUAUAGGUUAUCUAGGUUACCAGGUUGGUUUGACAAUUCUCUGCUUGAUCUCUGAAAAAGUAGAGGCAAUAGAGGUGACCGUGUUUCUAGUUUUCAUCUCUGUGCCCUCCUUUCAGAAUUUAAAUAGGGUCCAAUGCAAAACAAUGUUGGAUAGAAGAAUAAUUUUUGCGGUCUAAAGUUCUUCAAAGGAGUACCGGAGAAUGUUUUUCUCUGCUCUGCUACGCUACCAAGUGAUCCUGAUAGUUCUAUGGUGAACAUGAAGGGUUUUUUUUUUUUUUUUGUAUAUAGAACAACAUAUUAGCUUAAAUAUAAGUUUUAUUUCUAGUUUUCAUCUUUAGAUAUAUUUGAUCUUGUGGAUAGACUGCGAUUCGAACCCGUAAUUUCGUGCAUGUGGUAGAAGUUCUGUUUGAUUUUCUUAUCAUCAUUAUGUGAUAUUUUCCCUCAGCCUGCGGAGCAUACCUGCAACAUCUUCUGGAUGAGCCAUAACUAACAUGGUCCACUCCUCUAAUCUGAAAUUAUCAAGAAAACAAGACUUUCUAUUCAUUUGGGUCCCAGUCACAUAAAUCAUGAUCUUUAGUUUUCUGAUAAAUUGAGGGUUUUCUCCUCCAUAAACAUAAGCACACAGCAGAACCACACAUCUUCUGUCUCUGUGAUUUGCUCGUAUACUACAGUUUCCAUUUGCUUCAUAAUUCACAUAAGCUUCUCACAAAUUCAAGAAGUUAAUUUCCAAACAAUAUCUUGAAAUGUUUUAUACACGAAAAUACAUCAACAUGGUGGACACA